GAGUCGAAAGAGUCGGCUCUUAUUGGUGAGCUGAGUCAAAUGAUCUGAUUCACUGCAUCGCGGCUCGCAGAACUCGGGGAACAGACGUGACAAAUAUGACGAGACAAAAGAAAAAAAAAGACUCGGAUCGGAAGAUGAGCUGAACUAACAGACCUGCAUAGGCUGAAGACCUAAUGCUAAGCUCUUAAUGAAUCAUUUCUGUUUCUCAUAAUUCGACCUUGGCUGCAUUAGCCUAUAUAUUAUUUUACUCGUAAGUACAAGAUGUGUUUGUGAAUUUAACAUUUUAAUUAUAUUCCGCUGAAAUGAACGAAAUGACUCGGAAGAAAAGAUUCGUUCAUUAUGCUGGACGAGAUCCAAAGAUCCGAGUCAGUAAAAUGAUCCGAACUUCCCAUGACUAACUGCGAGUCAACGUUUGAAUACGUACAGACCACGCCCCUCAUCCGCCCUCCACAUUCAGACCCCGCCCCCGACAGGAUUUCUUCCUCUUCUCACGUUUUCACAGUCAAUUCCGAGUCACGAGUAGUUUCCGUCUACUGUUGUGUGUUCUCUCCCUGAAAUACAACCGAAUCGACACGGUACGAUUACAGGGCCCUCCACAAUUAUUGGAACGUCGUGAAAAUAAGCAAAAAUUUUCAAAGAUUAUAUGCAGUAUGGGCACCACUGCACACUGGACAUGUCGUCUUAUCUUUCUCUGCACUUUUUUAACAUGUCCCAUCGUGAGCUGUCCGCUUAAGUUGUUACCCGAGUCUCCAUUCUUCACAGUAUGGAAUGCUCCUACUGCAAAAUGUGCAGCUCAGUAUGGCGUUGAUCUGGACUUGAGCAUUUUUGAUAUCAUCCACAACCGGAACCAGAGCUUUAAUGGCAGUAACAUCAUCAUCUUCUACUCAGACAAGCUGGGCUUCUAUCCUCACUACACUGACAAAAAUGAAUCUGUAUAUGGAGGUGUCCCUCAGAACUUCAGCCUGCAUGAUCACCUCUCGCAAGCCUGGGCCGAUCUGCAAAAUAUGAUGCCAGAUAAAGCCUUCAGUGGCCUGGCUGUAGUGGACUGGGAGAGAUGGAGACCACUGUGGGAACGCAACUGGAACAGUAAGGAGGUAUACCAGCAAGGCUCUAGAGCACUGGUGAGAGCUAAACACCCUGACUGGAAACCAGCGCAGAUAGAAGCCAAGGCCAAGGAAGACUUUGAAGGUGCAGCACAGGCCUUCAUGGAGCAGACAAUAAAGCUCGGACGAGAUGAACGACCAGGAGGAUUAUGGGGUUUCUACGGCUUUCCCUGCUGCUACAACUACCAGUACAAAAAAAAUGAGACCUACACAGGGGAGUGUCCAACACUAGACAUGAAGAGGAACAAGAAGUUAUCUUGGUUGUGGAAUGUAAGCACUGCUCUGUAUCCUGAUAUUUACCUGGAUCUGAGCCUCAAUGGUCGUGACAGAGACAUUGUACUGUAUGCCCAACAUCGAAUUAUGGAGGGCAUGAGAGUGAGAGAGCAAGUCUCACCUACUCAACCAGUUGUCAUCCCUUAUGCCCGUAUUGUGUAUACCUACUCGAUGACAUUCCUCUCGCAGGAGGAUCUGGUUCAUACUAUUGGAGAGAGUGUCGCAUUAGGGGCUGCAGGAGUUGUGCUAUGGGGAGAUGCAAUAUACUCCACAAACAAGAGCACAUGCCUGGCAGUGAAAAAUUAUCUGGAUGAGACUCUGGGCCAAUAUUUGGUGAACGUGACCGAAGCAGCGGUUCUCUGUAGCAAGGAACUGUGUUCGUUUAACGGCCGAUGUGUGCGGAGAGACCCAGGUUCUUCAGCCUACCUUCAUCUUGACCCAGCAGUAUGGACCAUCAUCCACAGAGCUAGGCUUCCUGACCUGAACACCAACAGUCCUCCAUAUGUAAUACAAAUGAAUAAGGAGGAGCAGUAUCAUUUUACAAAACCAUUUAAGUGCCAGUGUUAUCCAGGCUGGGGAGGCAAACGCUGUGAGCAACAGGAUCCUAAGCCUGGACAGAGAAAGUAAGUGUCUAGAACUUAAUAAAACUUAAGACUGGAGGAAUUGUAGUUUGAGCAGUCAGUUCUGGCAAAUCCUGUACAGACAGACACUCUCUAAGACGCCCAACUUACUGUAAAAUUUUAAAUAUUACAAAAUGAGAAACAUACCUUAGCAUUACCAUAACCAUUUAAAGCUACAAUGAACCUCAAUUGACAUGAAAUUAACAGACAUUAGCGGGUAUUUACAAUCACAUUAUUUGAAUGUUACUGUAUAUUUUAAUUACUUUGAUGUCUAGAAGUCUGCUGUAAUACAUGUUUGAGAAUGCUACUAUUUUAAACCUUUAAACAAGUAAGCUUGUGCUAAUUAUUUACAAGGUGUAGAAAGAAAAAAGCAAACAAUUAAAGCAACUUUUAUUGUCUUUUGUGGAUUUAUGGAUGUGGCUCUCUUGUGUAAAUAUGUAGUACAAAUUUAAACAGAAUACAAUUAUUUAAAUAGUUUGUUUUCUCACUACCACUGUUAUAUUAAUUAUUUCAGAAUGAACAGCAUUCCU